AUGUGUACGCACUUUAGUAAGAUGCACAUGAUGAAUAUGAAGGAAAUAAAUGCAAUGGAAACGUCAAUUCAUGUUGCACAGCUACAGCAUUACAUUUUAAAUCCGGAAACAAGUGCUACACGUAUUGACCUAUCGAGCGAAUUAUACCACUGUCUAUCGUGUAAAUUUCGAGGAGUUCGCGAAUUGUCGAGGGCGCUAUUGCACGAGAGUGAAGAUGGCGAGGACGACGCUAUGCUGGAAAGAAAAAAACAAUUGUAUUGUGCAAGUUGUCGGGAUUUUAUCUACCCUGUAACAACUGUAGCAGGUGAAAAUCAACGACGCAAACGGAAGAUUUGUAGUGUGGUGUCAUCGCACAAACUGCUACGACGUGGGCUGGUGAAUAUGGGCAAUACGUGCUUCAUGAGCUCGGUGCUUCAAAUUUUGGCACACAAUCCCAUGCUUCAACACUAUUUUUUUGUGGCGAGAUGUCAUGACACGACAAUCUGCCAGCAACAGCGAGAACGGCUGCUGGUGAAGCGACAGCAGCAACUGGAAGGUGAGAAGCAAAAUCAACACCAUGACGGCGAUGAGAAAGAGAGGGAAGAUACGAAGCACGACUCUAAUCUUGCCAUUGCAGUUUGUCUGGGCUGCGAGCUUGCUGCUUUCAUGAAACUGCUUGUACCUCCUGCGGUCCACAAGGCACGAGAUACUAUGACCGCUUCACCAAUCGUACCGCAAGGUAUUUUAGAAGCAGUGUGGAAUGCAUUUCCGUCUUUUAUUGGCACUGCUCAGCACGAUGCACACGAACUUCUGAUUGCAUUACUGGGAGGUCUACACUCACAUACGCACCCCCGUGUGUUUGUUCACGGUGGCGCCUCUCCGCGAUUUACUCCACGUGGACAUAGUCUGUGCGACUGCGCGGUGCACCAACACUUCUCCGGUGUGUUGAGGUCUAAACUUGCGUGUGAAAGCUGUGGAUUUGCUUCGUACAAGUUUGAUCCGUUCUUGGAUGUGUCUUUGUCUCUAAACGAUGGAAAGAAUACCAAUGUCAAAAAUGAAAAACGCGAGGAACAAGUCAAUGGGUCGUCUGCAAUGAACCUCGAGUCAUUGUUGCGUCAGUUUGCAGCCGAAGAGGAACUGCGAGGAGCGAAUCAAGUAUAUUGUCUUCGAUGCUCGAAGUAUCAGAACAAUUACAAGAGCCUGAACUUGCAUACGCUACCAAACGUGCUCGUGUUUCACAUCCGCCGUCUCGACUUUUAUCGUCAGCAGAAACUGGUGCAGAACGUGGAGUUCCCGCUGGUGGGGCUCAACAUGAGGCCGUUUACGUCGGUGGGUAUUGACGAGGUUAGUGAUUGCAUAGAAGCAGACGCUAAAACUUCCGGACAAGUUGGCGAUCAAAGCGAAUAUAUGUACGAUCUUGCCGCAGUAGUAAGCCACCACGGCGAGUCAGUCAAUGGCGGCCACUACACCUCCUACGUAAGAGACGAAGCGCCCAAGAGUACAACAAGCCCGACCAAUUUAAAACAACAGCAGUGGGUACUAUUCGACGAUGUUGAUGUCAAGACUGUUGCCGCCGAGAACGUCGAGAGCUCUCAAGCAUACCUACUUUGCUAUGUCCGUCGGAACCCAUUUAUCGCUGUCGCCGCAUAA